UUCCAUCCAUCCAUCCAUCCACCAGCUUUCCCUCCUAGCUUGGCCGGCCCACCCCACGCCACCCGUGUGGAUGGAUGCAUCCACUCCACCCAUCCGGUCAGUCAGUCAGUCAGAUUCCUCACUCAAACAAACAGCCAGAUACCCAGACAGACAGACAGACAGGCAGUGCUUGCGAGCAACGUACUCACGAAGUAACAGCCAAACGAACCGACACACAUGACGUGGAGGCCACAGACACAGUGAGAACAGACAGACAUCCGUGUCCGUCCGGGUGGUUUUCGCGGCCGGCCGGCUGCCUCUGUCUGUCUGUCUCUCACUUUCUGCCGUUUGUGUGUGGAUAGAUCUUCACCGGCUUGUAGUUGAAUGACUUGCUGGGCGCCCUCAGGCCGGGGAUGGCAGCGUCCUUCGACAUGCUUGACGAGCCGCGCGAGUAGAACGAAGGUCUCACGGCGGUCGGGGGAGGCGCGCACACCGCCGAAGUGGCUGCUGCGGCGGUCUGUGGCCGUGGGGGCGGCUUGCCGAAUAUCUCCGCGUUGGUGAUCUGGGAGGUGUAGGCCCAUGGCGCGUCCACCUUCUUCUUGCCCUUGCCUGACAGUCAGGCACACAGGCACAUCCAUCCAUCCAGCUGUCUCUCUCUCUCUCUCUCUCUCUCUGUGUGUGUGUGUGUGUGUGUUUGAUCCGACCGAAGUAUCCCAUGAGGUUCACUUCCGUGGGGUCGACGCACAGGCCCUUUGCCAGAUGUUUGCUGGCCUUGGGCGGCUCCGGCUCCACCUGCCCGCCCGGCACCAUCCCAUUGCUGCCUGCCCAACCAUUGCUGUGAUGCUGAUAAGAAGAAUGGUACCCCCCAUGGUGGCCACCACUGCCAUAGCCCGCCGACGUGUUGAGCACCACACCCAUUCCGUUGCCAACAGUGCCGUGUGCCGCCGGCCCCCCAAUCAUCAUCCCGUGCAUCUGCAUGUCGUCGCUUUUCUGCGGGCCGCCCUCCCACCCGUUGGCUGAGUGCUUAGUCGCAUACGCAGGGUGGAGGGGGGGCGGGUGGUGGCCAUGGUGGGGGUGGUUGUACGGCGUGUAGGCCAUGUCUGCGUGUGUGGGGGCGGGCUUGGGCUGGUGGUAGUGCGACGACUUGUCGACGCGCUGGAUGCCGCCCCAGGGCUUCUCUGCCGCAGUGCCCGCCGGCUUCAGAUCCUCCUGUGUGAUCACAGAAACCAGAUACAUACACCCAGAGAGACACCAGGUGUAGGGGGAUGGGUGUGUGAGUUGUGUUGGGGUGUGCGGUGCGUACCAGUAGGUUUCCCGCUCUCAUCUUCUGGUUGAGCUGUCGCUUGGGCGGCUCCAGCGGCAGCUGCAUGUUGUACUUGGUCAGCUCACUGUCCUGCACCCUGUUCAGCACUCGCAGCCCGCCGUAGUACUGCUGCUGCUGCUGCUGCUGCCAUCCGUCCACUGCCACGUCCUGUGGCGGGCUCCUGGUGCCGGCGGCAUUCUUCUGCUCGUCGGUGCACCAAGGCGUCCUCAGCACCGGGACUGUGGGAGGUCUCUGGUGCUCAGCCUGCCCCACAGGGACCUUGACCAUCACACUGGUCGACGGCAGCUCGCCUUGCUCGCCCUCGUCGUUCUCCUGUUGCUGCCCGUGACCGUCUUUGGUAAGCUUGGGGACGCCUUUGGCGGCGUCGAGCUCGUCGUCAAGCGCGAAGGGGCUCACGAGCUUGUAUAACGAGCUGCUGGGCUGGGCAUGGGCAGCAUUGUUGUGCACGCCGUUCUGGGCGCCCGGCAUCCCACAGACGGCUGCAGAUGGGCCGAGGACCAGCUUGCGUCCGCCGCCCUGCAGACAGCCAGACAGGCAAAGCAUGCAGCAGAGAGGUCCCAGAAGCACUGCAGGCAGCUCAGCUGAUUCUAGUCAUGUACCUUACCUGCUGGAAGUGGUUUCGGAGGUUGACGGCGGUAGGGUCUCGGCACAUGCCCUUGGCGAGCAGUGAGGAGGGCUCCAUGUCCAAGUUGGUAAAGGCGACGCCCGGCCGGCCCUUGCCCGUGUGCAGCAUCACAUUGGCCGCCAUCGCCUCGGCCGCUCCCAUUGGGGUCUCGGGCGCCUCCUCGGCUGGCCCUUGCUCAUUCUCCUGUUGCUGCUGCUCUGUCUCGGUGUUGUUGUAGGGUGGGUAGGCCGUCCUCAUGCCGAAAAUCUCGCUGACCCCGUCGCUUCUCCAUGUGUUGCAGUAGCGGCUGCACUGCUUGGACAGCUUCGACCAGCCAACACGCCCCUUGCCGCUCAUACCGUCGACUUGUCAAACAGACAGCAAAUUGAAUCAGAGAGAGGCGGACGAGGGGCUAAGCCUCCGUGGACGGACGAUGGGCAAAGGGGUGGGCCCCACUGUCUGAUUUGCUUCAAAGCCGGCCCGGGUCGCUCUCGUCAGGCCUUGGGUGGCCUCCGGAAGCGCAGUGACGACGAAAUCUCCUGGUGACGAGGGAGGGAAGCAGGAGGCAAGUCGGGUGCUUUCGCUCGGUUCCUACGGCAAAUGUGGCGUGAGGGAGCUUUCAGAUGAGUGUGAGAGGAUCUGUCUCCACUCGAGUUGAAGGAGAAGCGUUCCCGAG